GUCUCUUUUUUUCCAGAGUCGCCAAAAUCUGAAGCAACAGUGAGUCAGUGAGAGAUGCUCUUAUGCUCUGCCAGGACAAUAGCAUCAGCUUGGACCUGUUUUCUUUUGGCAAUUUUUGGCUCCAAACUCUGCCUGCUUCAGUUUCCUCUCCCCUUGCCCUUCUCAUCUAUCAAGGAAGAAAAGGAUUUUGAUUUCCCAAUCAUGGCCUGCAUUUUUACAAUUACUGUGGUAGUCAUAAGUAGUGUGAUGUUGAUCUUGAUUCGCCUGCUCUAUGUUUUGUACCAAACCGGCAAACCCCUCAAAACUAGAGGCUCAGCAGGCUUAGCACCGCCACCCCUUAGUACACUCAUUAUAUUAGGCUCUGGAGGUCACACUGCAGAGAUGCUCAACCUGUUAGCCAUGCUGCAAAAGGACAGAUUUUCCCCCAGGUUCUACAUUGCUGCUGCCACUGACAAUAUGAGUCUCCAGAAAGCUCACUUGCUAGAAGAGACUGAGGACAAGGUGGAAGGGAUUUCACGCUCACAGUUCAUGCAGAUCUAUCGAAGUAGGGAAGUGGGUCAAUCUUAUAUUACCUCUGUUUUGACUACUUUGAUUGCUAUCGUUCAUGCGCUUUGGCUAAUGCUAAGAAUCAGACCGCAAGUGAUUCUAUGCAACGGGCCUGGGACUUGUGUUCCACUUUGUGUAAUUGCAUUCUUGUUUAAGGUUGUGGGGAUUAGAUGGUCAUCUGUGUUUUACAUUGAGAGUAUAGCAAGAGUACAUAGGCUUUCCCUAAGUGGCUUGCUUCUUUACAAGUUGCGCAUAGCUGAUCAGUUCUUUGUCCAAUGGCCACAGCUACAGAGGAAAUAUCCCCGAGCUCACUAUGUUGGCUGUCUCAUGUAG